AUGUCAUCCGUAAUCGCUAAAUCUACUUGGGUCGCAGUCUACAAGCAACUCCAAAAAGAAGCAUCCAAGAUCCCUCAAUAUAACUAUCGAGUUUUCUUCCAAAGACGUAUUCGUGAUCAUUUCGAAAGAAAUAUUCAAGUAACUGAAGUUUCGAAACAACACGAGUUAUACAAAGAAGCUCUUCGUAACUUGGAAGUUUUAAAAAGACAAGCCGUUUUCUGCCAACUUUAUCCACACAAGAAGACUGUUGUCGAAGAAAAACUGCAACAAUGA